AUGACAUUAGCGGAAAUAGUCAAGGAAGGACGUUCGUUGGAAACGAUUGACAAGGUGCGUCAACAGCUGCAGCGAUCGGAAAUCAACAAAGUGACGAGUACGAAAAAUGAGUGUUUCCGCUGUGGGCGGUUGGGACAUUUUGCCAACUCCAAAGACUGUCCUGCUCUGGAAGAGAAGUGCAAAAAGUGUGGUCUGAUAGGACAUUACAAAAACUGUUGUAAGACCAAGACUCGAAGCAGUAGAGAAAAGAGUCGAAGAGUGCGAAGUAUUCAGAAAGAUGAGGCUGUUGGUGGUGAAGAAGAUGAGUAUGACGAGAAGUUUGUGUUUGCUGCCGGAUCCGAUGAAGUUGGGGGAGAAAAUGUAGUGUGCUGUGUAGGUGGUGUAAAAAUGAAGUGGAUUGUUGAUUCGGGUGCAGCAGUGAACGUUAUCGAUAGUGAAACUUGGAACUACCUCAAGAAACAAAAAGAGAAAGUGAUCUCUCAAAACAAAGAAAGCCGGAAGACGUUGAAAGCCUACGGAAAUAAUCGUUUACAUGUUUUGGGUGAAUUCGAAACCCGCAUCGCAACGAAUUACAACGAAGUCGUAGCUGAAGUUUUUCUUGUUGAAGAAAAGGGUGCCAGUCUUCUGAGCCGCAAGACCGCUACAGAUCUCCAAAUUCUUUCCAUCAACACAGACGUAUGGAACGUCACGGCGAAAGGAAACAAGAUCGGCAGGAUCAUCGGCAGCGGUGUUUAA